AUUUUCAACCUGUUGUGCAAUUCUUUAUUCUAUUUUUGGACAAAGACUAUUUAAGUCUUUUUGAAACUAAAGAAGACACAGUGCGCCUUGUGCCACCGCAAGGUUAUUACCAAAACGCUAAGUUGAAAUCUGCUGACAGAUCAGACAGCUGAAGCUUGUGGAAGUUUUGUUAAGCCAGUGAAGUUGUUUCAUUCUUAUUUUGUUUUCUGGGGCGGAGUCCAGGACUUGUCAACAAUUUCAGGUUUCUGUGCCGGACGAAAGUUUUGCUAUUUGAGUGACAAGCUGCUUGGUGAAGGUUCAUCUCCGACGUUGAGUGUGUGUAGUGUUAUGCUAAAGCACCCCUGUAAAUUUUAUAAUACAACAGGAAAGUGCCGGUUUGGUAGACACUGUAAAUUUUCACAUUCAUUAGAAACGUUAGACGGGUUGCAGGCUCAAAUAACAGAAAAUGAAGCAGUAAACAGUGAAACCGUCGCCAGCUCAUCAGAGGUUCAGCAUAACUUUCAGUCUAACCCUAUCAACAAUAAUGAAGGCUUAAAGUCAGUAUCCAGUGGGGAAGUUGAAAGUAUUACGUCAGGAAUCAGUCAUCUUCAAUCUUUUGCCAGUACCAGUAAAGAUGAAGCAGUAGAAAGCAGAGAAGUUAAGGUGACUGCAAAUCACCCUAAGAUUUGCAAUUUUUUCUUGAGGCAAAGAUAUUGCCGCUAUGGGAGUAAAUGCAAAUUUCAACAUGUUUUGCCAUCACUGUCAGCUAUUAGAGGAGAGAAAAAUCAUGAAAUUUCAAGAGAUGCGAGGGAAGCCGAGAAAGAAACUAGCAAAAAUGUAGUUAAUAGUAGUACAACAGGAUCAAAUCAGUAUGAGACCGCUGAAGAGGAAAGGCCCAACAUGUCAGAAUGGCCAGGGCUGCAGGUUGAGACUAAUGAGACAAAAGCUAACCAAGCGGAAAUGGAAACCAGAAGACCAAAGCUGUGCAGGUUCUAUCGUCAAGGUUAUUGCAGAUUAGGCAAAAAAUGCAACUUUUAUCAUCCACCACGCCCACAAAAACAACAAGAAAGAAAAGAAAAAGGCACAGAUGAACCGAAAGCAAAUUCCAAUGUAGAGCCUGAAGACACAGGGUUUACUGAAGUUGUUGCAAGGAAACCAAAGGUGUCACAAUUUCUUGAAAUAACUGAACUUGACAAAGAGAAACAGAAGGAACUGAGACAGACUGAAAUAACCCAGCUUAAACGCAGAUUUCCGAAAGACCACAUCACAGUACUGAAAGAUACAGAUGAAGAGACUGUCAUUCGAUUUACCUUCAUUCCUUCUGAUCCAGACUGGCCCUUUGAUGUGCGCAAUUUUGAUAUUCAAGUUUCCAUUGGCCAGGAUUAUCCUCUGAAGCAACUGCAAGCGGAGGUUCCAUUGGAUCAAGAUUUACCUGCUACAGUACAAAGGUACAUAGAGGUAUCCCUGCAGGAGUGGUUGAGCCAGCGGGCCAGGAACGGGGAGGAAAAUGGAACAGUCGAGCUUGUGUUCCGACCUUUUCUGCGCUGGAUGGACAGAAGCAUGGAGACAGUUGUCACUGAGGGGCUGAAACAGCUGAGACGCGAACUGACAGCUAAGGCAGCUGGUCUCCAGUUUAUCACUGCUUCAGAGUUAAAGCAAAGUCUGCCGGCCAGUGACUUAGGUUCAGACUCCGAUGAUAUAAGCCCUGAUGGUGAUGAUGUAAAGGACAACAGAAGGCCUGUCGCUUACAGGAAGGGCGACUACCAUGAUGAGACGUAUGAGCCCCCAGCCAACCAGAGCAGCAGUGAAGAGGAAGAUGAGGGGAGCGAAAACGACAACAGUGAUGGGUCAGACCAAAAUCAGGGUGAAACAAAUGAUGACAAGGUCCAUCAGAGGCCUACCGUGGAUGCCAACACAGAGCGGCGCGGCACUGAGAUGUCCUUCAAGAAUAUGCAGAUCUGGUACUGCACCACCGUCAUGGUUGAGAAGCUAAAACUGGUGGUGCACUGUGAGCGUUGUAAGAAUGCCACUGAUUUCUCCACACCGCCAAAUCGUGUGAACUCUGUGCCUUGCAGCAAGUGUAACAGCACCAUGCUUGUGGUGUUUCGUCCUGUUCUGGCCCACUCCUACUCCUCCACGUUUGGCUACCUGGACCUGGAUGGGUGUACAGUGUUUGAUGUGAUCCUCCAGGACUGCCACCUCUCCAUGGGCUGCAUCAUGUGUUCAAGGGAUAUCCUUGUCAAGAAUUUAUCCCCGGGCCGAGUAUUGGACAUUUUCUGUCGAGGCUGCCACCACAAGAUGCAGUUUGCUGCAGAGGCAGUUAAAUUUCAACACCUAACAACUUCUGAUGUGGACACAUCCAAAUUUUCUGGCAGCGUAUACAAGGUAUCGGUGAGAAAGAUGACACGGGUGAUCAAGGACCCCUCUAUCCAGGAAGGCAAGUCUCUGCCAGACAAUGGUGCAUGUAAACACUACAAGAAGAGCUUCAGGUGGCUAAGGUUCCCAUGCUGUGGUAAAACAUACCCAUGUGAUCUUUGCCAUGAUGAUAAGGAAGACCACGAGAUGAAGUUUGCCAACCGAAUGAUUUGUGGAUUCUGCUGCAGAGAACAGCCGUACUCUGCAGAGCGCCCAUGUGCAGGAUGCAGCAGUGCCCUAACUAAGGUGCGGACAGCCCACUGGGAGGGCGGUCGGGGAUGCAGGAACAAACUAUCCAUGAGCAAGACUGAUGAUAAGAAGUACACGAACAUGAACAAGACAGUGUCCAACAAGGCAAAGGCCACGCAGGUCAAGAAAACAGGAGCGAAGAACACAAAACUCCGACACACAUAGACACAGUGGAUACAGUGUCACUUGCAUGUAGACAAUAUAGAUGACAUUAUGGUCAGAUAAUGGGCAUAUUUACUCGAGCUUUUUCAAGGACUUUGCAUAUUAUUUCAAUUAUGUUAAUGUGAUUUUAAUUACACUUAAAACUAAUUGUGUUUGUACAUAAUAGUAUGGGUAAGUUUAUUAUAAAUUGUUGAAAAGAAUGUAGGACGAAACGUUAUAAAUAUUGUAUUAUUUUUGCAUAUUUUUCUAUACUAAAUUUGUAUUAAUUAGUAUUAUUUACCCAUUAUUCAGUGGUUUACACAUACUAUGCAUGGUGUUGUUGUAUUUUUGUGAUUCUGGUGUAACAAUUUAUUUGGGACGAAACACCUUAAGCAGGUGAAAGUGGUCAAGUGGUUUACUGUACGUUUCCUCCUCCUCCUCGAUCCCCACCAUGGUUACGUCUCAUGACCUUUUUAAAAGGAUACCGUAUUGGUAUAAGCCCAGGAAAUGGACUCGGAUUUUUAGUAUCAACCAAGAUUAUAACAUAAUUAUGAUAAACUAUUUAGUCAGAAAAUAAACACUGUAUCAUUUUUUUUUUGGUUUGCUUACUGAAUACUGUGAAAACGAGUAAAUGUUGUGUCAAUUCAGAAGUGGCAAAUAAAUGUGUUAUUAUAUCAAA